AUGUCUCUCACUGUGUCUCAGUGUCUCCUCCUCUGUCCUCGCCUCCUGUUUCCUCCUCUGUCCUCAGACUUUAGCAGCCGGACCGAGCUCCGCUCUCGGCCCCAGUGUUCGCUGUGACUCGGGUAUCGAACACUUUACAUGACGACGUGUUGUGUUUGUGACUCUGGAGGAGAGUUUCUAACAGGACGACAUUUUAAACUAGUUCGAAGUGGGGACGCUAGCUAGCUAUCUAAAUAGCGAACUAACUAGACAACUAACUAGCUAACCAGUGACCGGAGCCUGUGGUCAUGGCGGGCGGACUCUCAGCUCUCGCUCUGCUCGUCCUCGUCUGGGUUCGAUUCCCCAGCUCCGGCUCGUUCAACCUGGACGUGGACAGUCCCUCCGUGUUCUCCGGCCCAGAGAGAAGCUACUUCGGCUUCUCAGUGGACUUCUUCAAGCCCCCCAGCAACCAGAGGUCGGACGUUCUGAUUGGAGCACCUCGGGCCAACACGACGGCCUCCAGCAGCAGCGUGGUGGAGCGAGGAGCGGUGUACAGCUGCCCCUGGAGCUCCUCAUCCUGCCACCAGCUGCUGUUCGACAGCUCAGAUGACAGGAUCAACAAAGACGGUGCUCAGAUGGAGUUUAAGUCCAAGCAGUGGUUCGGUGCCUCGGUCCGAUCCGAUGGAGAGCACAUCCUGGCCUGUGCUCCUCUGUACCAGUGGUCGACCUUCGGCGUCUCUGAGCGGGAGCCGGUGGGAACGUGUUACCUGAAGAAAGGAGGAACAGUGGUGGAGUACUCGCCCUGCAGAUCAAAGGCCAACUCACCAGAGGGGCAGGGCUUCUGCCAGGCCGGCUUCAGCGUGGACUUCCUGAAGAAUAACAACAGAGUGGUGGUGGGAGGACCUGGCAGCUUCUACUGGCAGGGUCAGCUGAUUUCGGAUGACGUCUCUGAGAUUUUUACCCGGUUUGACAAGGAGUACAUCACCAAGUAUGGAAACACCCUCACCACCAAGUCCGCUGGGGCUCAGUACGACGACAGUUACCUUGGUUACUCUGUGACAAUCGGAGACUUCAAUGACGAUGGAAAGGAAGACUAUGUGACCGGAGUACCUCGGGGAGACAAGGCUCUGGGUUAUGUGAACAUCUUCAACGGCCUCAACAUGGAGUCCAUGGUGAACUUCACAGGAACGCAGAUGGCUGCUUACUUUGGACAUUCAGUCGCUGCGACUGAUGUUAAUAAUGACGGUUUGGUCGACCUGUUGGUCGGAGCUCCUCUCUUCAUGGACAGAGGCUCAGAUGGAAAACUCAAGGAGGUGGGACAGGUGUCUGUUUACCUGGGGCGAGGUGGCUUUUCCUUCCACCCACCCCAGCUGCUGACGGGGUCACAAGUCUACGCCAGAUACGGCUCUGCCAUCGUAGCCCUGGGAGACCUGAACUUGGACGGAUACAAAGAUGUGGCCAUCUCUUCUCCUUAUGGAGGUCCCGACCACAAUGGCUUGGUCUACAUCCACAAUGGCCGCCUUCAAGGGCCCGACCCGUCACCUUCCCAGGUCCUGCAGGGGAAAUGGGCGUCCAGCUACAUGCCUGCUAGCUUUGGAUACUCCAUGACUGGAAACACUGACAUAGACGAGAAUGGAUAUCCAGAUUUAAUAGUGGGAGUGUUUGGAGCAGACAAAGCUGUUUUAUACAGAGCCCGUCCUGUGAUCAGUGUGAACGCCACGUUGGACAUUACACCUCAGAUCAUCAACCCAGAGGAGAAGACCUGCACACUUCCUGGAAGCACCACGCUCGUGUCCUGUUUUAAGGUGAAGUACUGUUUGAAGGCCAGCGGCCGUGGAGCUCCAGAUACUCUCAAGUUUCAAGUAGACCUCAUUGUGGAUCGUCUGAAGCAGAAGGAGGCGACGAAGCGCGUGUUCUUUCUGCACAGUCGGACCUUUCAGUACUCCAAGAACAUGACGGUGUUAAACGGGAAAGUUCAAGCCUGCGAGGAGCAGUACGUCUUCCUCAGGGACGAUCGUGAGUUUCGAGAUAAGAUCACUCCCAUCUCUGUAGCGAUGGAAUACAAUCUGGACUACCAGCAGGCGGCGGACAACACCGGACUGCUGCCCAUCCUCGACAUUUCGACCCCUUCCAACGUCACCAAGCAGGCUCACAUCCUCUUGGACUGUGGAGACGACAACAUCUGUAAACCAGACCUGAAGUUGACAGUGAAGAGCGACCGUGAGCAGAUCUACAUUGGCGAUGACAACGCACUGACCCUAAUGGUCAGUGCUGAGAAUCAGGGAGAGGGUGCCUACGAGGCCGAGCUCCACGUCUACCCUCCGCAGCAGGCCGACUUCACCGGGGUCGUCCGCAGUCUGACUCUCUCCAGGCUGUCCUGUGCUUACAAGAAGGAAAACCAGACCAAGAUGGUGGUGUGUGACCUGGGCAACCCCAUGAAGGGAGGAACCAAGGUGCUGGCAGAGUUGAGGUUCAGCGUGCACCAACUGUCGGAGGAGGACACGUCUGUCAGGUUUGACCUGCAGAUAGUCAGCUCGAACCAGUACAACAACACCAGCCCUCGAGCCUCCAGCGUCACCAAGCUGGCUGUCCUCGCCAGAGUGUCCAUCAGAGGGUCGUCGUCCCCUGGUCAGGUGCUGCUUCCUAUCGCAAACUGGAAACCUAAAGACCCUCCUGUGGAUGGAGACGACAUCGGACCAGAGAUAUUACACGUCUAUGAGCUCUUGAACAGUGGACCCAGCACCAUCAGUAAAGCGGCUCUGGAGGUCCAGUGGCCGUACCAGUUCAGGAACGGUUCUCUGCUCUACAUCCAAAGAUUUGAGACGGAUGGACCCAUCAACUGCACCAGCGACAUCGAGAUCAACCCGCUCAACGUGUCGAACCCGUUGACCUCAGAGAAGAACAUCAGCGGAAUCCCGCCCAGAGAGCGAGAGACGGAGGGAAGAAACAGAAACCAUGUUCGCAAGAGAGACCUGGAGUCCAGAGACUCACAGACUGAUGUGCAGAUACUGGACUGCUCCUCAGCAGCCUGUCUGAGGCUGAAGUGUCAGGUGGGCCGUCUGGAGAGGAAGAAGUACGCCAUCCUCUCCAUCUACUCCCGACUGGGUGUCAAAAACCUCCUCAGGACUGAGAAUCAGAAUCGUUCGUACGAGGUUCGAGCUACAGCCUCUUUCAGUGUCAUCGAGAUGCCGUACAAGAACCUGGUGUCUGAGCUACCGUCCAACAGCACCACUGUGACGGUGUCGGUGAUUUGGGUGGCAGAACCUCCUCAGUCCGUCCCAGCAUGGGUGGUGGCUCUGGCCGUGCUGGCAGGUCUGCUGCUGCUGGCCCUGCUCAUCUUCAUCAUGUACAAGCUGGGUUUCUUCAAGAGAGUCCGCCCCCCCCAGGACGACUGCACUGAGAAGGAGCAGCUGCAGCCAGAGGAGAACGGCAACACUGACGCCUAGUGGUCAAACUCUGUAAAUACUGGACAAAGGUCCAGGAGAGAAUCAGGGUAAAAGGCUGUUGAGAGAAUUUCACUGUAUUCGCCGAGUGGCAGAUAAUGGUACUGGGUUAGGUUUCCAUAGGGAUUUAGUUUUUUGUUGUGUUUGUGCCAAACGUCCUGGUCCCAGAUGAACUCCUCUCAGCUCCAGAAACAUGGUUUCAGAUCAGAAGAUCAGAUCCUGAGAAUCCUGAGUCCUCAAGCUGCACGUCUGUCAUCGACAUUCAGGAAGGAUUCUCUGAUUCUCUGGUGACCUGGUGUCCACUAACCUUUAACCUUCUCUGUGGACAUGUUCAUCUCAGGGGAUCCAAACAUCUAGAGGAGCAAACAUUUCUCUGGAGAUCUGAGGACUUCAUCUGCACCUCGUGGCUUGGCCUGAUAUUUAAUUUGCACUUUUUUUCCAAACUCAAGACGAUGAUUGAGCUGCUUGUGUUUGUUGCCCUGAAAGUCCAGAGCUGCUGAUUCAGAAGGACAACUCUGAGCUCCUCGGUGUUUUAAGACCUGGACUCAGACCUCAAUCGACUGAGAGAUAAAUCCAUCAUCAGAAAAUCUAUUAAAAUGUAAUAAUGCCGUGUGUCAAAGUGUCUCAGCAGCAACAUGAGAUCAUCAGCAGCAGUUUUCACGUCUCUGGAUCAAGAUUCUUUAGUUUAAAGUGCGUCAGUAAUAUAUCGUCCUCUAGUUUUUCCUGUGUGUGUAACUUCUCCUGUCAGAGCUUCGCUGCUGCGGCUUUCUCACUUUAUUUAGUUUUUAAUACAGGACAGUGAUGAUGAGGGAUGAUUGACAGGAGGCGGUCCGGCCCCUCUCAACACCAAACUGGCAAAGUUUGGUUUUUGUGAGGAGUCAUCAGAAAAGUGACUAUUUUAAUAAACGACCUUCAGCCUCUUAAAUCAGAGGUUUUAAUGAAUUCCUUGAUUCAGAUUCAUUUACGUUGGAAAUAAUCGUUUAUCGCUGCCAAACGUUUGGAAACGUCAUGACAACAGGAAGUGAGGUGGGCGGGGUUUAACUAAUAGUUACUUACAGUUUUUAGUUUAGCACUGAUUUUAAAAUAGUAUUUUUCUGAAUAUGUCUGCGGCUCUGCUCAGAACGACAUCGACUGAAAACAGCUGGUUAUUUAACGUGUGUCUGAGUGUGUGUGUGAAAGUAUUAGAAAGAAAACACAAACUUUGCUAUAACUUCACCCAUAUUGGGUUCAAAUAAUGAACUAAUGUUUAAAGUUGUUCAUAAGAAGAACAUAUAAGAAUAAGAAUCAGUCCACAGGAACAUUAGUGUUUUAGUUUCAGCAGCAGAAAGAAACGAGGCAUUAAAGUGAACUCCCAGAAUUCCUCCGGAGACCGAACCUGACGUCGGAGUUUCACUUCCUGUCUGUUGAACUCUGAGUGGAAUCUGCUGUCUCCACUGGAGGAAAUGGAUUUUCUGUUUUAGACUAACGAGCUUUGCAGAGAUGACGUUUUAUUGUGUUAGAUGGAAACAGGUUUAUCUUGACUUUACUGCACUGAUCUAACUUUAAACAGGUUCUAAGGACGUCUGGGUUUAUUCCUUUUCGUUCUGACGAACUGACCGGACUGGACUUCACUCAACAGAUUCUUCUUUUAUAGUAUUUUUCUGCCUUAUUUGAUUUACUCACUGUUGAUGACCUGAGGCUUUUUACAAAAGAUUGAGCAACAAGCUGAGGGUUGAGGUUUGAGAAGUGACUGAACGUGUUGAUGUGAGUCGGAUCUGCAGCGUCUCUUUCUACUCUUUUAUAUUUAACACCACUGUUUCUCUUCCUCUGCCGUGACAACAUGUUUUAGGGGUUUUUUGAUGUAUCUAUUCUUUCACCUAGAGACUAAAAUAACUUUGACACAGAUGAUUUCACCUUUAGAAUGAAAUAAACUGAUUUGUUCACGUUUG